UCUGCAUUUGGCCUUUCCCUCGAAAUCUUAGAACAGCUUUGAUUCCGCCACAAUUCCCACUCGAAGCUCGUCAAAACUUCCGUCACGUCUGAGGAAGUUUAAAAUCACUAUCAGGUUCACGAGCAUGACUUGAGACGCAACGCGCUUCUGGACCCUAUAUUCCCCGCGGUUACGCCACAAGGCUGAUCAGCGCCUUAUAAAAUUUGCACUCCUCAGAUACAAGCCCGACAAGUAUGGAGGGCGCCUUUACCCAUCUGGGAAACCACCUCAUCUCAGACUCCGCCGCUGCGAUUAAUGCUGGAGACGAUUUGUCGGCUAUCGACCCCGAAGAGAGCCUCCUCUACGGCCAGUAUGGAGGCGCGGGAGGCCUCGGACCUACUCGCCGCAGAAAUGACGAUGAUGACAACGAGACCGAAGUCUACGACGACGACGAUGUAGAGAGCCUCGCAAGCAUGGCCGUCGACGGCAUGAAAUCUCUCGGACUCAGAGGCGUCGAAGACGAGAAGGAACUUCCGGCUCAUGCAUGUGCCUACUGCGGUAUCCAUUCGCCCAGCAGCGUUGUUAAGUGCUUGGGUUGCACCAAAUGGUUCUGCAGCGCCCGUGGCAACGCCUCCUCAUCGCACAUUGUCAACCAUUUAGUUCGAGCUCGCCACAAGGAAGUUCAGCUGCAUCCUCAAUCAACACUGGGCGACACUGUUCUCGAAUGCUACAACUGUGGGACUAAGAAUGUCUUCCUUCUUGGGUUUAUUCCGGCGAAAUCCGACACCGUGGUUGUGCUGCUCUGCAGACAGCCCUGUGCGUCUACACCUUCGUCUAAAGACAUGAGCUGGGAUAUCUCUAGAUGGCAGCCUUUGAUUGAAGACAGAUCCUUCCUUCCGUGGCUCGUGGCUGUGCCCAGCGAUGCUGAGCAGCUCCGUGCUCGCCACUUGACCCCGCCAAUGAUCGCAAAACUAGAGGAAAUGUGGAAGGAUAACGCCGCGGCAACCAUUGCAGACUUGGAAAAGGCAGCAGGAAUCGACGAUGAACCAGCUCCCGUACUUCUGAAGUACGACGACGCUUACCAGUAUCAAAACGUCUUUGGACCGCUUGUGAAGAUUGAGGCAGACUACGACCGCAAGCUGAAGGAGGCCCAAUCCGAGGACGGACUUGUCAUUCGCUGGGACUAUGGUCUUAACAACAAGCAUCUUGCCAGCUUCGUGCUUCCUAAAAUUGAGCUCGGAGAUGUCAAGUUGGCUGUUGGCGACGAGAUGCGUCUCAAAUACAAGGGAGAGUUGCGCCCUGUCUGGGAAGGCGUUGGAUACGUUGUCAAGAUUCCAAACAACCAGUCUGACGAAGUCACGAUCGAGUUGCGAAAAAUCGGAAACGAUAAAUCCGUGCCAACUGAGUGCACCCACAACUUCUCCGCUGACUACGUCUGGAAGGCUACUUCUUACGAUCGUAUGCAACUGGCCAUGAAGACCUUUGCAGUUGACGAAAUGAGUGUCUCUGGUUAUAUCUUCCACAAGCUACUUGGCCACGAAGUUGCUGCGGCGCCAAUGAAGAUUCAAAUGCCAAAGAAAUUCAGCGUUCCCGGCCUUCCCGAGCUGAACGGCAGCCAAAUCAAUGCCGUCAAGAGCGUCCUUCAGAAGCCCUUGAGUCUUAUUCAGGGACCUCCAGGAACUGGAAAGACAGUCACAUCUGCAACAGUCAUCUACCAUCUAUCUAAAGUCAAUGGUGGCCAAGUUCUCGUCUGUGCUCCUUCCAACGUCGCAGUUGACCAGCUCUGCGAGAGAAUCCACAGAACCGGAUUGAAGGUUGUGCGUCUUACUGCCAAGUCCCGUGAAGAUGUCGAAUCUUCGGUUGGCUUCUUGUCUCUGCACGAGCAGGUACGAAUGAACGAUAGCAACCUCGAAUUGACCAAGCUCUCGCAACUUAAAAGCGAAUUGGGUGAAUUGUCCAGCCAGGAUGAGAAGAAGUUCAAGUCUCUUACCCGGGCCGCUGAGCGCGAGAUCCUGAACAACGCCGAUGUUAUCUGCUGUACUUGCGUUGGUGCCGGAGACCCCCGUCUGUCUAAGAUGAAGUUCCGAACUGUGCUUAUCGACGAGUCCACCCAAUCUGCCGAGCCUGAGUGUAUGAUUCCAUUGGUUCUGGGCUGUAAGCAGGUUGUUCUUGUGGGUGAUCACCAACAGUUGGGCCCAGUCAUCAUGAACAAGAAGGCAGCAAAGGCUGGCCUGAACCAAUCGCUCUUUGAGCGUCUUGUCAUUCUUGGACUUGCUCCUAUCAGACUUAACGUGCAGUAUCGUAUGCAUCCUUGCUUGUCUGAGUUCCCUUCAAACAUGUUUUACGAAGGCUCUCUUCAGAACGGUGUCACGAUGCAACAGAGACUCCGUCGCGACGUCGACUUCCCUUGGCCUGUUGGUGACACCCCAAUGAUGUUCUGGUCCAACCUGGGUAACGAAGAAAUUUCUGCUUCCGGUACUUCUUACCUUAACCGAACUGAGGCGUCCAAUGUCGAGAAAAUUGUCACGCGCUUCUUCAAGGCUGGAGUUCAGCCUGCUGAUAUCGGUGUCAUCACACCCUACGAGGGACAGCGCAGCUACGUCGUCAGUUCUAUGCAGAACACGGGCACUUUCAAGAAGGAGAACUACAAGGAGAUCGAGGUUGCAUCCGUCGAUGCUUUCCAAGGCAGAGAGAAGGAUUUCAUCGUGCUUUCUUGCGUUAGAUCCAACGACCACCAAGGCAUUGGUUUCUUGAGUGAUCCUCGCCGUCUUAACGUGGCUCUUACCCGUGCCAAGUACGGCCUUGUCAUUCUGGGCAACCCCAAGGUUCUGUCCAAGCACCCUCUUUGGCAUUACCUCCUCCAGCAUUUCAAGGAACGCAAUUGCCUGGUUGAGGGGCCACUCACCAACCUGCAAACCUCGCUUCUGCAGUUCAGCCGCCCUAAGACCACCUACCGCGGACCUCAACGCUACCAGAUGUCUUACUCUACCGGACUACCAAGCAAUGCACGCCCUCCUAAUGGCAAGACUGGCAACGAUUACAGCGACGCCGGUUCUAUGCUAGGCUACAUUCCCGAUGACGUCUCGUCCGUCCACUCCUCCGCCCUCGGAGGAGUCGGCGUCGGCUCAGCCUACCCGCAGAUGUUCUCCAGCUUCGCAGCUGACAACAGCUGGCCCGGCCUAGACCCCCGCAACCGCGCCAACGGCCAAAAGGGCCGCAACCGCCCCGCCGAAAGCGUAACCGGUGAAUCCGUUGCCGCCAGCGAGAUGACGGACACCACUAGCAGCGUACUUGACGGUAAAGGCGCAAGCCAAGGCGGCGUUAGCCUCGGGCCCGCAGUCCACGACCAGAAGCAGACGAGCCUGAGCCAGUCGGACCGCCUGAAGCGGUACGUCGAGUCUGGCGGACGCCUGCCCGACUACAAGACCGGCGACGCUGGGAGCGUGUUCGGCGGCAGCUCGCUGCUGAGCGGCGCUGGACGACGCACCCUGGACGACGAUGAGAAGAGCGUGUCCACUGCGUUUGCGAGCCAGGUCGGCGGGGGCUACGACUGAUUGGGCGGGGAGCGGUCGAAUGGACCUUUUAAACCUUUUGUCUUCGGAAACACGUAGCACCCAUCUAUCCAAUCGAUGCAGCGUCUCGACGCAGCCUAGCUGGACGACAGCCAGUGCCCUGCGGGCCCUCGCGGGCCCGGAGAGGAGCUGAGGAGCGUGGUGGCCACAUUUGCUGAGCCGACUCGUGGCGAUCUUGGAAGGAGGGCUGGAAUGGGGCGGGGA